AUGCUGCCCUACAGUUCGUACGCGGCGGCUAUUCAGCAAAUUCAGAGCCUGAACCAUGAGCUGGCAAUGUUUGGACACCCGGCCGGCAGAUUCCUGCAGCAGCACCCGGACCAUCACGGUGCCGUUACGCUCGGCAGCUCGUACUUUGGGCUGAACAACUGGGCCCUGCCGUUUUCGUUCCUGAAGUCCGUCCACCGGCCGGAAAAGCCACCCUUCUCGUACAUUGCCCUGAUUGCGAUGGCCAUCAGCAGCGCUCCGAACCAGCGGCUCACGCUGAGCGGCAUCUACAAGUACAUUAUGGACAACUUCCCGUACUAUCGCGAGAAUCGCCAGGGCUGGCAGAACUCGAUCCGUCACAAUCUGUCGCUGAACGAUUGCUUCAUCAAGGUGCCGCGAGACAAGACCGCUGCGAUUGGCGGCGGCAAAUCGGCCCACGAAUCCGUGCCCUUGGGGGACGACGGUGGCAGGGGAACUGCUGCCGGAGUUGGUGGCGGCAAAGGAAGCUACUGGAUGCUGGACCCGUCGGCCAACGAUAUGUUUGAGCAGGGAAACUACCGCCGGCGGAGAACGCGACGCCAGAGGAACGCCAAGCUGAUACUGAACGGCCACUUUCAGGGCUCACCGUUCGCCUUCGCCUACCCAGCGAUGGGUCCCGCGGGAGUGCCGGGAGUCGAGUUUAUGAGUCCCUCCGCGGCCCAGCUGCAACAAGCCCUCGGUGCCGGUGCCGGGCCGGCCGAUGGGCCCGAUUUCCAUCAUCUGAUAGUGCGCCAUGAUUUGCAUCCGGAUCCGGCGGCCUCGGGCACGGGCUGCUCGGGAGAUCUACUGUCCCGUGGCCUAUCGGUCGGUUGCUGCACGACCACCGCCUGCGGCCCUUCAUCUGGCGGAGCUUCAUUAGCCGGAACCGGGCCAUUGCGCUACCGAAUGGAUCUACGUGCCACGUCACCUGCCUUCGCCAGCGGGGACAGCGUGAAGAGUGAAGAAAUUAGUUUGCCGCGCGCUUCCGACGGCGAGAACGAGCCCGACCGGCAAACGGACGCCAGCGCGGCCUGCCGGCGUCGGAAGCGGAAACCGAGGGGUGGUAAUUUUUCCAGCCCCACGUCGGAAAAACCCGCGAGAAGCUGUGCCGCGAGCUCGCUGGAUGCGUUUCUGUUGAGCGAACUAAACGGGCUGCGUGUGAAAAGCUGCAAACUGGCUGCGUACUCGUGCGACUCAGCCGGCGAGCUUUGGGGAGCUUUCCGGCCUCACGAAGGCCAAUCCGGCCGUCGGCCCGGCAGUGUAAACAGCCUGCAACCGGAAGUGGCUUUCGGAGCCGGCCCGAAAGCCAGCACGCCGGUAGCGCCGUCGUGGCACGCCACGAAGGUCGGUGGGCUCAAGUCGAGCAAUUUCACCAUCGAAAGUAUCAUGCGGCGGCACUGA